AUGGCGCCCGAGUUGGAGGGGCCCAGGCGUCCGGGGAGGGACCCAGGCGUCCGAGUGGUCCCAGGCGUCCGGGGAGGGGCCCAGGCGUCCGAGUGGUCCCAGGCGUCCGGGGAGGGGCCCAGGUGCCCAGGAAGGGACCCAGGCGUCCGGGAGGGUCGCAGUGUUGGGUGGGGGGAGGAGGAGGAGGAAGGUGAGGGUGAAGAGGAGCAUGAGGAAGGCUACGGUGAGGGCGGGGGUGAAGAGGAGGAGGAGGAGGAAGGCGAGGAGAAGAAGAGGGAGGAUGAGAGUGAGAGGGAGGAUGAUGACGGUGAGGACAAGGAUGAGGGAGAGGAUGAGAAGGGCGAGGAAGAGCGCGAGGAGGGCGAUGGUGACAACGAGGAGAGCGAGGAGGAGGAGGAGGGGCAGGAAGGAGAGGACGAUGCGGGUGAAGAUGAUGACAGCGAGGGCGAGGAGGGUGAAGACGAGGAGGGGGAGAAGGAGGAGGAGGGCAAGGAGAGUGAUGAAGAGGAGGGUGACAAGGAGGCGGAGGAGGCAGAGGAAGGGAUCUCAGUCUUCCUCGAGAGGGGGGAGGAGGAGGAAGAGGAGGAGGGGGAGGAGGAAGAGGAAGGCGGGGAGGAGGGGAGGGAGGAGGAGGAGGAAGAGGAGGAGGAAGAGGAGGAGGAAGAGGAGGAGGAAGAGGAGGAGGAAGAG